AGCCCUUCAAACAUCAAAGUAAAAGUUCCCAAAAAAAUUUCAAAGUAGUUUAACUGUUGGCAGCUCCAAGGCACGCAUUCUCUCAAGCCAUUGGGAUACCCAACAUGGCAUUCAACGGCUGGAACAAUCCCAACACAUGGACGUACAUCUCAGAUCUUCCCAACCGUAAGAUAUGUGCUAGACGUUCCAGCAGCUUGAGUGAAUCUGAGUCGCAUCCCAAAUGCCUUCCAAGUUCCAACAGUCUGAUGUGCACUGAAAGCGCGCUGCCCCUGGCAAGUAUCGAGUUACGCCCGGCUCGGCCCGCCUGAUGAUAGCCCUGCCUUCGCUAUCCCAUGCUGAUUUUUCUCUUCUGCGGGUCUCCCGACCAAUCCACGACACAAUUUCAGUGAUUGUAGAGAUAUUGGGCGGGCAGAGACUGAAAGAGUGUGCCAUGCUCAUCAGCCUUAAGGCCAUGGCCAUGAGUGCGGCAUACAAUAGAGUAGUAGUUGACAGUCCAUUUCCACAAUUUCGCCACGCUUCUCCUCCUCCUCGAUCCCUCCUUCCAAAAUACCCAUUUCUUCUUCCAAUACAUCAUUCGUCUCGUCUGCUUAUUCCCUGCUUUCCUAUAAACAUCAAUUACCGGAGCAAUCUCAGCUCUUCCCCUCGUUCAUUUAGACCUGUAAAAGCAGCGAUGUCUUCUACACCUUCAACAGAAACAGAGAAAGAGACCAGACCUUUCUCUGUGCUCUUUGUCUGCCUCGGAAACAUCUGCAGAAGCCCAGCUGCUGAGGCCUUCUUCAGGGAGAUCGUCAAGAGAAGAGGGCUUGAAUCCAAGUUCAAAAUCGACUCUGCCGGAACUAUUGACUAUCAUGAGGGUGACCAAGCCGACCCACGGAUGAGGGCCGCUUCCAAAAGGCGUGGGAUCGAGGUAACUUCCAUUUCGAGGCCAAUACGAAUAUCUGAUUUCAGAGAUUUUGAUCUCAUUCUCGCUAUGGACAAGCAAAACAGAGAUGACAUAUUCGAGGCUUUUAAUAGGUGGAGAUUCAAGGAGACACUCCCAUUUGAGGCCCAUAAGAAGGUUAAACUAAUUUGCUCCUAUUGUAAGAAACACUAUGAAACUGAAGUUCCUGACCCUUACUUUGGGGGACCGCAAGGUUUUGAGGAGGUUUUAGAUUUACUUGAAGAUGCUUGUGAAUCAUUACUGGACAACAUCCUGAAUGAGAACGGCCAUAUUUUGGACUCAUAAUAGUUCAUGUGAUCAUUAUAAUUGCAGAUUGGGGUUUAUAUGUUGUAUUUUUUUAAAUAUCAAGAACCAUAUUAGAUAUAAGGAAAGUUGAGCAACCAUAGAAACCAAAUGAGCAUUUUCCUUUUCUCUGGAAAGCCACAUUGGCAAAAUUGGAAUUUGUACCAAUACUGCUUUUACAUUAUUGUGAUAGAGCAACCCGAUGCAUGAGACUCUUGCUACUGUAGGGUCUGGGAGGGACAACUGUACGCUGCCUUGACCCUUGGUUAUGUCAAAUGUAAAGCUCAUGCCUCAAGAACCAUAUGAAACAUAGGUUGCACCAUAUAUUGAAUUUUUACCAAUGUAAUUGAAGAUGCCAAUGUUGACCUUUCA